UAAACAGCCAACAAUACAUCAGCAUGUGGAGAGCAGGGGUGAUGCAUACUCAGAAUUUUGCAGCCCAAAUGACCCAAUGUCCCAUGCUUCACAGUACUAUUAGCCUUGGCAAAUUGUUGGCGCCAAAAGCCACACUCCUUUCCCGCCACAACCGAACCCCACCAAAAUCAACAACUAUUGCAACAACCAAACCCAUUUGUUUCUCACUCCAACACCAAAAAAUGGGGAGAGAGAAACAAUACUGGCUCCUAAAAACGGAGCCGGGAGAGUGGUCGUGGGAGGACCAAUCCGCCAACGGAGGCCUAUCGAAAUGGGACGGAGUGAGAAACAAGCAAGCCCAGAAGAACCUCAAGACGAUGCGGGUCGGCGACCUCUGCUUCUUCUACCACUCGGGGCACAAGCUCCGCUGCGUGGUGGGCGUCGUCUCCGUCGUCCGGGAAUGGUAUUCGGACGACGGGGACGAAGGCGGGGCCGUGGACGUGAGGGCGGUGGGGGAGAUGAGGAGGGCGGUGGACUUGAAGGAGAUGAAAGGGGAUGAGGGGCUGAAGGGGUUUGUGCUGUUUAGGCAGCCGAGGCUGUCGGUUGUGCCGGUUGGCGAGGGGUUGUGGGGCCGGAUCUGUGAGUUGGGCGGUGGGUUUGGAGGAGAUGGUGGCGGUGAAGAGGAGGAGGGUUAGAAGGCUUGUUGGGUUUUGUUGUGGAUGUUAACGCAUGCCAAGUGUUUGAGUUUUUGUUGCACAGAAGAAGACUAAUGUAAGUGUCUGUAGAUGGUCCUGGCCUCUCUCUUUUGUGGUUGGUUUUAGAUGUAAAACGUACUGGUAGGGCCACUGGAUGUUUAUCAUGUUUAUUAGGCAAAUAGCAAUGCUAGGAACACCGGACACAACUGCAGCUAAAGUCGUUUGAUGCCCGCAUGCCCGCUUACAUCGCACGGCUUCAAAUAUAGUUGUGUUCGGUUGUGUCUGGAAGUUGUGUUUGGAGACUAUUUUGUUAGGGAAAUUCGGCUACAUCGUUUUUCUCGGCUAUGGAAAUCUAGUGGAUUUGAACUCCAGAUGUUUAUAUUGAUGUGGUAUAUGUACAUCCUCUCGUGAGACCCGUAAUGUGGAAAUAGCAGGUCUUGGUGAAAUUCAUUUAAUUUGAAGUUUUCAUCUUU